GUGGUCAAUAAACAGCGCAUUUACCAAUAGUCUCUUGGCGGUGCGUACUGACACAGCGCUAUCAAGUUUUUGCUUAAUUGAUUACCUGCAAAAGCGGUUUGUAUAGAUGCAUCGAUUGGCCAAUGAAAAUAUCGGUCGAUUCUAUGGCAUAAUCCUGGAUGAUAUAAGCGCGUCGUCUUACCUGAUGUGCGAAUUCACACAGCGUGGAAGUUUAUAUGAUGUCGUGACGCAGAAAAAUAUCCUCAGUGAUAUGCCCAUUCGUAUAUCGUUUCUGCACGACUUAAUCAAAGGAUUGAAUUACAUCCACAAUUCCCCACUACAUUGCCACGGCAGCCUUUCAGCACAAGUUUGUUUCAUCAACAGUCGAUUUACCCUGAAAGUCUCCCAUGCCGGCUACCAAAAGAUAUUCAGUCUGAUGUCCAAUGAUACAAAUGUAUCAGCGGGAUCACGAGCCGUUGACAUUGUCAGCUUUGGGAAGAUUUGCAAUGACGUUUUAAGUGAUGCAGACUCGGCAGCGAUGGCCAAACAAUCGAAGCUGAGUGCGCUUAUUGAUGACUGCCUGAGUCUGUAUCCGGCACAACGACCCAACUGUCAGAAAAUCCUGCGCAUCUUCCGCACUCUCCCAUCCGUCCCUCGCAAUGUGGUUUCGCAUACGUUGUCACUGCUGGAUCGGCAGACUGUUGAGUUAGAGGAGUCAGUGCGCAUUAAGACGGCUGAUUUGCUGGAAGAGAUGCGGAAAACGGAUAUUUUACUAUCGGAAAUACUUCCCAAAACGAUUAUACAACGUCUGCGCAAUAAGGAGCAGAUUGCUGCCGAGGCGUUCGAUAGUGUAUCCAUCCUGUUUAGUGAUAUACCGGAAUUUGCCGAGCUGCUGCGCCGGUGUACACCGAUCGAACUAAUUAAUCUUUUGAACGAUGCACACUCCAAGUUCGAUGGGGUUCUUAUGGAGUUCGAUGCCUACAAAGUUGAGACCGUUGGCGAUUGCUAUAUGAUUUCCAGCGGUGUUCCUAUACGAAAUGACAAGCAUGCCGCCGAAUUGUGUUUUCUUGCCCAUACAUUGCUCAAAACGUCCCACUCUUUCCAUGUUGCAUCGGCUCAAGAUGUUACACUAACCGCACGAAUUGGUAUCAAUUCAGGUAAUUUAACACUUCAGAAACUACAUGCCGUAAAAUCCGAUAUUGACGCCCUGGGCGUUUAA